GGGGAGGGCCAGGCCAGGCCAGGGCUGCGAAAGGGACAGGCCAGGCCAAGGCAGGGCUGGGAAAGGGCCAGGCCAGGCCAAGCUAGAGCUAGGGGAGGGCCAGGCCAGGGCUGGGUGGGGGCCAGGAUCUGGCCUGCAGAGGGGCAGCCAGCACCCGUCACUGGCUCCCUCCAGGCCAGGGGACAGGCAGUACCAAGGGGGGACGGGCAGGGAAAGCAGGCCAGGAGACUGCCCCCGACACACCCCAUAUCCCCAGCAGCUGGGUCAGUCUGCGUUACAGCACCCACAGAUCCACCUUCUCACCCAGUGCUAGCAGAGGCGCCCCCCUCACACACUCACUGCCCUAGGGCCACAUGGCAGAGGCCCCCGGCUGCCCCUCGGCGAGGCCCCCCAUGGAAGCCCGGCAUAGGCAGUGCCCCAACCCUGUGGGCACCAGCACACUAGGGCCCCCCAAUCCCCACAGCGCUGCACCCCCUCAGGGCAGCCCAGCACCCCGCUGGCAGGAGCAGGAGGUGGGCCUGUCCUCCCCCCACAGGGACAGGGCCCAGGGGCUUUUCAGAAUACUUUAUUUUGUACAUAUGGUUCGUUAGCAUACGGCAGCCCUGCCCCCGCUCGCACCCCAGAGGUGGGAGGGGCUGAAAGCUGGGGGGGGCUGCAAUUGGUGGCUCCUAGGCUGGGAGGGGCCGCAUUGCCCUGGCAGAGGGGAAGAGCUGGCUCCUGGGGAGCCCCCAGCCUGUGGCCAUAGAUGUGGGGCUCCGUGGGCAGGGGGGGCAGGCAGGAUUGGAGGAUCCCCUGGAGACUAGCGGGGAACUGGGCUGGGGACGUGCUGCACCGGGCAGGCCUGGGGCACGAGUCCCUGGAGUAACACGGAGUGAGACGCGCCCCCAGCCAGGGCCUGGCAGAGACCAGGGCAACCCCCACACUGCCCAGCCCCCGCCAGGUCCCACGACACCUCACUGCCCCCAGCGCUGGGCUCGGCCGCCCUGUCCCCUGAAACCAGCCACAGAAAUAAAGUGCAGAUCAACUCUAGCGAGAAGGGAGACACUGGGGGGAGGGGAGCUGGAGGGCAGAUCGGGAGGGACAGCUGGGGGGUCACUGGUGGGCGCAAAGCUGGGAGACACUGGACAGGUGGGGGUGCUGGGGAGCACAACAGGUGUUGCUGGGGGCACACGUGGCAGCAGGUUGGCAUUGCAGGGGCAGGUGUCGCUAGUGGACACCAGGGGGGCUGGGCAGGCAUUGCUGGUGGGUACAGAGGGUGGGCAUUGCUGGGCAGCACUGGAAGCAAUGGGUGGGGGGCGGGUGUUGCUGGGCUGUACAAGGGGGCGGGUGUCGCUGGGUGGCUCACAGGCAGGUGUUGCUGCGUUGUACAGGGGGCGGGUGUUGCUGGGUUGUACAGGGGGUGUUGCUGGGUGGCUCAGAGGUGGGUGUUGCUAGGUUGUACAGGGGGUGGGUGUUGCUGGGGUGUACAGGGGGGGAGGGUGGAGCUGAGGGACUCGGAGGUGGGUGUUGUUGGGUUGUACAGGGGGCGGGUGUUGCUGGGUGGCUCAGAGGCAGAUGUUGCUAGGUUGUACAGGGGGUGGGUGUUGCUGGGGUGUACAGGGGGGGCGGGUGGAGCUGAGGGACUCAGAGGCGGGCGUUGCUGGGUUGUACAGGGGGCGGGCGUUGCUGGGUGGCUCAGAGGCAGAUGUUGCUAGGUUGUACAGGGGGUGGGUGUUGCUGGGGUGUACAGGGGGGGAGGGUGGAGCUGAGGGACUCGGAGGUGGGUGUUGUUGGGUUGUACAGGGGGCGGGUGUUGCUGGGUGGCUCAGAGGCAGAUGUUGCUAGGUUGUACAGGGGGUGGGUGUUGCUGGGGUGUACAGGGGGGCGGGUGGAGCUGAGGGACUCAGAGGUGGGCGUUGCUGGGUUGUACAGGGGGUGGAUGGUGCUGGGGGACUCAGAGGCGGGUGUUGCUGGGUUGUACAGGGGGUGUUGCUGGGGGACUCAGAGGCGGGCGUUGCUGGGUUGUACAGGGGGCGGGCGUUGCUGGGGGACUCAGAGGCAGGUGUUGCUGGGUUGUACAGGGGGCGGGUGUUGCUGGGGGACUCAGAGGCGGGUGUUGCUGGGUUGUACAGGGGGGUGGAUGGUGCUGGGGGACUCAGAGGUGGGAGUUGCUGGGUUGUACAGGGGGCGGGUGUUGCUGGGGGACUCAGAGGUGGGUGUUGUUGGGUUGUACAGGGGGGCGGGCGUUGCUGGGGGACUCAGAGGCAGGUGUUGCUGGGUUGUACGGGGGGGUGUUGCUGGGUUGUACAGGGGGUGUUGCUGGGAGGCUCAGAGGCGGGUGUUGCUGGGUUGUACAGGGGGGCGGGUGUUGCUGGGGGACUCAGAGGCGGGUGUUGCUGGGUUGUACAGGGGGUGUUGCUGGGAGGCUCAGAGGCGGGUGUUGCUGGGUUGUACAGGGGCGGGUGUUGCUGGGAGGCUCAGAGGCGGGUGUUGCUGGGUUGUACAGGGGCGGGUGUUGCUGGGGGACUCAGAGGCGGGUGUUGCUGGGUUGUACAGGGGGUGUUGCUGGGAGGCGCAGAGGCGGGUGUUGCUGGGUUGUACAGGGGCGGGUGUUGCUGGGAGGCUCAGAGGCGGGUGUUGCUGGGUUGUACAGGGGGUGUUGCUGGGAGGCUCAGAGGCGGGUGUUGCUGGGUUGUACAGGGGCGGGUGUUGCUGGGAGGCUCAGAGGCGGGUGUUGCUGGGUUGUACAGGGGGUGGGUGUUGCUGGGGGACUCAGAGGCGGGUGUUGCUGGGUUGUAAGGUGGGGGUGUUGCUUGGGGACUCAGAGGCGGGUGUUGCUCGGUUGCACAGGGGGCAGGUGUUGCUGGGGGACUCAGAGGCAGGUGUUGCCGGGUUGUACGGUGGGGGUGUUGCUUGGGGACUCAGAGGCGGGUGUUGCUGGGUUGUACAGGGGGGCGGGUGUUGCUGGGGGACUCAGAGGCAGGUGUUGCUGGGUUGUACAGGGGGAGCGGUGUUGCUGGGGGACUCAGAGGCGGGUGUUGCUCGGUUGUACAGGGGAGCGGUGUUGCUGGGGGACUCAGAGGCGGGUGUUGCUCGGUUGUACAGGGGAGCGGUGUUGCUGGGGGACUCAGAGGCAGGUGUUGCUGGGUUGUACAGGGGGGCGGGUGUUGCUGGGGGACUCAGAGGCGGGAGUUGCUGGGUUGCACAGGGGGCAGGUGUUGCUGGGGGACUCAGAGGCGGGUGUUGCUGGGUUGUAUGGUGGGGGUCUUGCUGGGGGACUCAGAGGCGGGUGUUGCUGGGUUGCACAGGGGUGCUGAUGGGCAGGAUAUGCUGCACCUCAGGGAGAAGGAUCAAGGCCCCCAGCCCCCACAGCCCCACUGACCCUCUAGCCCACACGGCUGGGGGGAGGUGAGGCCCCCCAGCAAACACC